AUGUCGCAGACUGGGCCUGUUGCUGCUCCCGCUAUCCCUGCUCCCAGCGCCGAGGCCGCUGCCAAGAAGCCAAAGAAGGCGAAGAAGGCAGCAAAUGGCUCCACCCGCAAGCCCCUGGGGCCCAGCGUCACCAAGCUGACCACCAAGGCCGCGUCUGCCUCCAAGGAGUGCAAGGGGCUCUCCCUUGGCACGAUCAAGAGGGCUGCUGGCAGCUAUGAUGUGAAGGAUGUGAAGAAGAACAACAGCCACAUCAAGCUGGGGCUCAAGAGGCUCGUCAGCAGUGGCACCCUGGUGCAGACCAAGGGCACCGGUGCCUCUGACUCUUUCAAGCUGAACAAGAAGCCAGGUAAGACAAAAGAAAAGGCAGCAAAGAAAAAGCUGGCUGCCAAGCCCAGGAAGCUGGUGGCCAAGAAACCCGUCAGUGCUGCCAAGCCAAAGAAAAAGGUGGUGUUGAAGAAGAGCCCCAAGAAGGUGAAGAAGCUGGUGGUCCCAGCAGACAAGAAAGUGGCCAAGAGUCCCAAGAAAGCCGCAAAGGCAGGCCACCCCAAGAAGGCAGGGACGAGCAUGGCCAAGGUGAAAACGGUGAAGCCCAAAGUAGCCAAGCCUAAGGCAGCCAAACCCAAAGCAGCCAAUGCAAAGAAGGCAGUGCCAAAAAAGAAGAUGACUGAGAGAAACUGA